CAUGCAUACAUUGACACAAUGAUACACGUACUUAUUCCGUUUAUCCGCGGCAAAGUAAACGUGCGAUUGACAUUGUCCCUAAAACAAAUCUAACGGAUUAGUGCUAAUAAUUGUGUCAAAAUAAGCAGGGUUCUCCUUGCGUUUAAAUAAUAAGUGAAAAUAACUAAGAUUGAUUUGAAAGCUUAUGCAAAAUUAUUUUUCCAGCCGGUAGCUGUUUAUGUUGUUUUAUUUCCUUCGUUGUCGCAGCAGGUCCAGGAUCUUGUGCUUUGUUCUUCUCGUACUAAUAAUUAUAUCUAUAUUAUAGAUAGCCUUCAACAAUGAGUUCUCCAAGGCAGUCACGUCGCGAUGCUCUCACAUCACCUGCUCCAGAUUUUGAUGAGCCUUUUGAUGACGAGAGCAAUCUUCUUGGUGACGACGAUAAUGAUGCCAUGGAGGAAGAGCAGGAUGGGGAGGAGUUGUUUGGCGAUAACAUGGAAAACGACUAUCGACCCAUGUCAGCUCUUGAUAGAUAUGAUCCUGAGCUCGUUGACGAUGAUGAAGACUACUCUGAGCUUUCUCAAGGAGAGCGCGCUGCUGCUGAAGCUGCUAUGCGCAAAAGAGAUCGUGCUGCUGGCAUCUUAAAAGAUGAUCGAGAUCUCUUAUACGAUGACGAAGAUGAUGAAGGUCUAUCCCGGAAACGUCGCUUAGCCGAAAAGGCUGCUGCUGGCGAGAUGGAAGAUACAGAUAUGAUUGAAUCUAUUGAAAACUUGGAGGAUACAAAGGGUCAUGACAUCAAAGAUUGGGUAACUAUGCUCGCACCUAGAAAUGAAAUUGCCAACAGGUUUAAAAGUUUUUUGAGAACGUACACGAAUCCCAAAGGACAAUAUAUAUACAAGGAACGUAUUCGUCACAUGUGUGAGAGUAAUCAAUCUAGCUUUAUAGUCGAGUUUCCAGUUCUCGCGAGUAAAGAACACGUGCUCGCAUACUUUUUGCCAGAGGCUCCGUUUCAAAUGCUAGAAAUAUUUGACGAAGUAGCCAAAAAUUUUGUUUUAACUAUUUUUCCCAGUUAUGAGAGAGUGACCUCUGAAAUCCACGUGAGAAUAUCUGAAUUGCCUCUAAUUGAAGAACUAAGAACAUUCCGAAAGCUGCAUUUAAGCCAAUUAGUAAGAACAAUCGGAGUUGUCACAGCAACGACCGGGGUUCUUCCUCAAUUGUCCAUUGUCAAGUAUGAUUGUAGCAAAUGUGGGUACAUCUUAGGUCCAUUCACGCAAACCCAAAGUGAAGAAAUCACACCCAACAAAUGUCCAGAAUGCCAGAGCAGUGGUCCAUUCAUGAUCAAUAUGGAACAAACAAUAUAUAGGAAUUAUCAAAGGAUCACAAUACAAGAAUCACCAGGAAGAAUUCCUGCUGGUAGAAUACCAAGAAGCAAGGACUGUAUUCUUUUAUCUGAUCUUGUAGAUCGUUGCAAGCCUGGUGAUGAAAUAGACCUUACCGCUAUUUUUAAUAUCAAUUUUGAUGGCUAUUUGAACAGAGAAGAGGGAUUUCCUGUAUUUAACACAGUUCUUCUAGCUAAUCACAUACAUGUCAAAGAUGCCAAAGAAAUCGUGGAUUCCUUGACGGAAGAGGAUGUUAAUAAUAUUAUAAAGCUAAGUAAAGAUCCGCACAUAGCUGAACGCAUUGUUGCAAGUAUCGCACCGUCCAUCUAUGGACAUAAAUUUAUCAAAAGAGCAAUAGCUCUCUCGAUAUUUGGUGGAGUUGCUAAAAAUCCAGGUAUGAAACACAAAGUGAGAGGUGAUAUCAACAUUUUGAUUUGCGGUGAUCCUGGCACGGCAAAGUCACAAUUUCUCAAAUAUACCGAAAAAAUUGCGCCAAAAGCGGUUUUCACGACUGGCCAAGGUGCUUCUGCUGUUGGUCUCACGGCUUACGUCAGACGAUCACCCAUGACCCAGGAGUGGACCCUGGAAGCCGGUGCCUUGGUUAUUGCUGACCACGGAGUAUGCCUCAUUGAUGAAUUUGACAAAAUGAAUGAUCAAGAUCGAACGUCCAUUCACGAGGCUAUGGAACAGCAGAGUAUUUCAAUUUCCAAAGCUGGUAUCGUUACAUCCUUGAAUGCCAGGUGUGCCGUGAUUGCUGCAUCAAAUCCAAUUGGUGGUAGAUACGAUCCUAGUAUGACGUUUUCUCAAAACGUUGAAUUGACUGAUCCAAUUAUAUCUCGUUUCGAUAUUUUAUGUAUUGUCAAAGAUGAAGUAGAUCCAAUGCAAGAUAGGCAUUUAGCUAAUUUUGUUGUUAAUUCACACAUCAGACAUCACCCAACCAAUUCCGAAAGAAUCGUCCCAUCGCAGCUAGAAGAUACGGCAGAAAAAGAUCCGAAUCAGUUUGAGCCGUUGGAUCAAGAUAUCUUGAAAAAAUAUAUUGUUUAUGCAAGGCAAAAUGUACGUCCAAAGUUAAGUAACGUAGAUGAAGAUAAAAUCGCUAAGUUAUACAGUCAGUUGAGAGCAGAAAGUGUUGUAACUGGAAGUCUUCCAAUCACAAUUCGGCACAUAGAAAGUAUCAUAAGAAUGGCAGAAGCUAAUGCAAAAAUGCAUCUUCGUGAAUACAUUAGAGAAGAGGACAUGAACAUUGCCAUUCAAAUGGGACUUGAGAGUUUUGUUGAAACUCAAAAGUACAAUGUCAUGAAGCAGAUGCGAAAUUCAUUCCAAAAAUACUUGACAUACGAGAAAGAUCAUAACGAGUUGCUUUACUUUGCAUUACGAGGUCUCACGUUGGAUGCAUUAUCAUUCCAAAAAUCAAUGAACAGAGGCCACAUAAGUUCUGUUGAAAUUCACGAAAAAGAUUUGUUGGAAAGGGCAAAACAGUUUAAAGUUUUUAAUUUAGCAUCCUUCUACAAAAGCAAUUUGUUCAAGGCAAACAAUUUCAUAUAUGAUUCGAAAAGAAAGGUUAUCAUUCAAACAUUGCCUACUGUUGAUGAAGAUUAAACAUUUGGCUCGUUAAAAAAAAAAUUUUUUUACCCAUCUUAAAGUGUACCGGAAACUUAGGUCUGCUGGUGCAAUCUAAUUUUUUAUAAAACAACUUUAUACACGCAUCAGUAUCAUAAACUGUGGUUUUCUUACAUGUUCAUCAAUUUUGUUUCUGAAGCAUGGAAUAGAAAUCAUAGACGAUACCGUAAAAUUUAUUUUAAAAAAAUACAGGCUGUAGGAUUAUUUUUCUUUGAUGUACAAAUUGCAUUUCAUGACACAACAUUUUGUAUAUUGUGAUUGUUGAAGAAAAAGAAACAUACUUUUUUUGUAGAUAACUUUAUUGCUAAUAAAAAACAUUUUUAAUACUGAAA